UCAUUGCCGUCUUUUAUUCGCUGCUAUUGAAGAUGAUGAACUUUUUAACGAUACUUUUAAUUUUUGGAAUAAUGUUUAUGGAUUUAAAAUGACAGCAAUGAAACGUCCAAUUUAUACGAGUGCUAUUAUAGAUCAUGUAACAUCAGAUGCACUUAUUUCCAAUACAGUUUCAAUUAAA